GUAACGACGUCACGGGAUAAUGGCUGGAGAUCGCGGAUAUUAGAAGAGAAAUCUACAAUCUAAGAGGAGGUGAAGCUGUAUCUCAACUUCUCAGCAUCACUGAUACACUACUGAAACUCUGACAUUGGAUUUGCGCCAGGCAGCAGAGAUGACUCAUGUCACCAAUCAUGGGAAGCUGCUGUUGCAGCGUUUGCAUCAGCAGCGAGAGAUGGACUUCUUGUGCGACAUAACCAUAAUGGUGAGAGAUGUGGAGUUCAGAGCUCACCGCAACAUCCUGGCUGCCUUCAGCAAGUACUUCUCCUCCCAGGCUGAGAAAGUUCAAGAUGUCACGACCUUGGACCCGGACAAAGUCAGCCGCUACGCCCUGGAGAAGCUACUGGAGUUUAUUUACACUGGACAGAUGAACCUCAGCAGCACCAGACAAGCAGCUGUGCGUCGAGCAGCUGUGUUCCUGGGAAUGUCUGAGGCCACAAAGUAUCUGGAGGAAAUCCCCCACUGGUCCGAGCCCAGCGAAACCUCCCAGUCUGAGGUGGACAAAGAAACUGGUCUCUCUCCUCCCAGUCCAACCUCUCCCGGCAGCCCCACCUCCCCGGUCCCCCUGUCUAUUGUCUCCAUUGCCGGGGACUGGCAUGAUGAGGGGAAGGACGGUAAACAGCAGGAGGGUGAGACCAAAGAUGUGGAUGUGGGAGAGGGAGACAAGAGCGAUGAAGAGUACACCCCAACAACACCAAAGAGCGCUGGACGUGGACAGGGCAGGAAGAGAGGAAGGCCCAAGAGCUUAAGUGGCGAGCAGGCGGAGCCCGGCAGCUCGGCUGAUGGCACCCCCAAAACCCAGGGCUACAGGGGGAGGGGGAGAGGCAGAGGGAGGGGCAGGGGGAGAGGCAGAGGGAGAGGAAGAGGAAGAGGAGGUUUUAAUAAUGAAGAUCUGUCUUUAGAAGAUUCUGACACGAGUGUGAAAGACUUCGGGGACACCUCCGCAGACUGGAGCCCCUCGCAGGACGACGACUCUCCGGCCAAGAAGCCUCGACUGAGCAGCAGCGAGGGGCGGAGAGGACGAGGCCGGGGGAGGGGGAGAGGCAGGGGGAGAGGGAGAGGCAGAGGCAGGAGGAGGACCGGGGAGGAGGGAGUAGAGGAGGAGAGCGGCUCGGUGGGGGCUGAUGAUGAGGAGGAGGAGGAGGAAGAGGAGGAUGACGAGGAGGAUGAAGAAGAGGAGGAGGAGGGUGAGAUUGGGGAACAGGAUCCGUCGGAGAUGGACGAGAUGUCGCUGUCGUGCACCGAGUGCAACAAACUGUUUAAAGACGCGAGCAGCCUCCGGCGCCACGAGAAGAUCCACAAGGGCCUGAAGCCGUUCGUCUGCAUCUUCUGCUCCAAGACGUUCAGACAAGCCACACAGCUGAAGACACACCUGCGCAUACACACAGGUGAGAAACCGUUCGGUUGCUCCGACUGUGACAAGUGUUUUGCUCAGAAGUGCCAGCUGGUCGCUCACCGCCGCAUGUACCACGGCGAGGAGAAGCCUUACACCUGCCAGCGCUGCGGCUUCAAGUUCGCCACGUCGUCCAAUUACAAAAUACACAUCAGACUGCACAGCGGGGAAAAGCCGUACGUCUGUGACAUCUGUGGUCAGGCGUUCGCUCAGUCCAGCACCCUGACGUAUCACAAACGACGACACACCGGAGAGAAACCGUACCAGUGUGACCUGUGCGGCAUGUCGUUCUCCGUCUCGUCCUCCCUCAUCGCACACGCAAGAAAACACACGGGUGAGACUCCGUACAAAUGUUCUCAGCCAAAAUGUGACGCACGUUUUGUGACGUCUUCUGAACUGAAGAAACACAUGAGACGACUUCACCCAGAGGGGAACACCGGCGUGCAGUGCCUGCUGUGUGGAAACAGAUUCGCCAGCGUGAAGAACAUGAUCAAACACCAGGAGAAGGCUCACGCCGAUGAAGUGCGGCAACACAAGGAGAGAGCCAGAGCUGUCGUCCUCCUGGCCUCCAGUCAUCCUGUGGCCUUCGUCCAGAGCAAACUCUCCCAGGAAAACAAAGGUUUGGUGUCGAUCCCCGAAGGCGAGCCAGCCAACCCGGAGCCCACCACCCCCGACCCCAAAGCCAUAGCUCCGUCUGCAGACGCGGACGCCAGCUCCGCCGAGGCCGACGCUGACGCUACCACCACCGCCUCCAUCAUCGAGGGCUUCAAGUCGGAGCCCGCUCACCCGCCUAUCACUGCCGCCGACCAGGUGACCUUCGACGCUGACCAGGAGCAGACCAUCAACUCGGACACCCUCCACGCUCUGGUGGAGCAGCUGCGGCCGCCGCCCUCCCCGGCCCAGAGCCUGGAGCAGAUCGUCAUCAUCAGGACAGUGGACACCGCCGAAAACAACCCUCCUCAGCAGUGAGGCCCGAGCCACGGCGGGGUCAAAGGUCACUGUGGUGGAACAUUUCACUUGUUGACACACAAGCUGCAGUCAGCCUGUGGAUCCAAGUCGAGGCUCAAAUUCAGUCUUGUUUCCCUAAAAAUAGACUUUAAUGGACAUGUGGUAAAAUGUAAGUGAAGGAUAAAACUGGUUUAUUACAACUUGGGUUUUAUUUUUAUAGUUUUGUCCGUCAUCUCUAUCAGUAAUAAAACGAUUGGAUGAUUAAAGAUGGCUGCUGAGAUCUUUGAACUUGAUAAACUCAGUAAAAAGAAGUCGGACAGAUCAAGAAACACGAGCAGACGGUGAAAUUAUAAUUCAAACUGUCCGUUAGAAACAAGUUCGACCUACUGAACUGAACUUUUCAGGUGCGCACGUUAUCAGUUUGUCUGAUCGUUGGUUGUUUUUCUCGUGUCAUCAAAGUUGAGUGAAAUGAUUUUGCUGCUUCCAGAUCUCAGCUGUUACUUUAAGUUACAAUACUGUUGUAAUUACUUGUAGAAAUGAGGGAAGAAAAAACUUAAAAAUAAGACCUGAGUUGUAAAACAAAAAAAAAACAAGAAAAGAAGAAGAAAACUAACAUUUGUCUCCUGUUCUCUUGAGUCCGUCACUGACAAACGACUCGGCCACAUUUUCACUAAGUGGAAAUCGGAGUUAGAAAUCCAACAGAGUGGAUCCGUUAUUGAUGCCAGAAAAGCCAGAAAUCACCGCCACUGAACAGAUAACCCUCUGUCGCCAUAGCAACUUCAAUUUAGUUCCUGGUGCCGCAAGUGUUUCCAUAACUCUGAAACAGGUGGUGAGGAAUUUACUGUACCGAGUGACAUAAACAACACUAAUGAUUUUAGGGCUGCAAUUAAACAUUAUUUUCAUCAUUUAAUGUGCAGAUUAUUUUUCUCUGUGAAAAUAAUGAUCCAUCCCGGACGUCUUCAGAUGAUUUGUUUUUUUUCUGACCAACGUCCCAAAACCCAGAGAUAUUCAGUUUACUGUGAUGCAAGACAGAGAAACGGAAAAUCUUCACAUUUUUUAGGGGCUGAAAAGAGCAAAUCUUUUGGAAUUUUUGCUUGAAAAUUGACCUGAAUAAUGAAUCUUGUCAAAAUAGUUGGCGAUUAUUAUUCUGACAAUCAAUCAAUCCACUAAUUGUUGCAGCUCUAGAUGAGUUUGUGUUGUUUUGUCUCUAACAAAGCUUGAUCUUUUGAAAUUCGUUAAUAAAUCUUCAUCAGAGAUGCACAGAUCCAGCGUUCUGCUGCCAACACUGACCCGUACAGUAACGUGACUAAUCCACAUUAGUUUCAAGUUUUUUAUUCACGUCAUAAAAUCUCCUGUUUCGGGUCUUAGUUACAUCACUCAUAGUGAGUCGAUUCAGUUUUGUGUUGCCGUAGAAAUCCUGCAACUUAAAUGACAGCAGUUAGUUUGUCAUUUCAACAGCGGGAGGCAUGUUGUCAUAUUUUCUAUUUCACACAGAAAAGAAUCACUUUAAUUAGAGGUUAACAGAUUUUAAAGAGCAUCGAGUUCAGGUGUCAGGAUCAGAAGAGGACAGAGUCUGAUCGCUGCGUCCCUGAUCCUCACACCGGUUCAGAAGAGGAGGAAAAGCCUCCUGGGUUUAGUUUAUGGGAACUUUUAGUCAAAACUGUCUGUGAAAAAGUGAAAAUGUUCUACCAGGUCUGAAUAUCACUCCUCAUUUAGAGCCGUGUCUCAUUUCAUCACUUAGAGUAACGCGUCAUGAAGCGUCAGUGACGUCGCCAGGAAACCUCUCUGCUCUACUUUUUCUUCCACUGUGGCUGAUGAGUUUAGUUGAACUUUAUUUAAAUUUUACUACUUUACCAAAAAAAACCUGUCAGACUAACAACAUGUUCUCGGACAGUGACGUGUGGCUGGAGUUACUUUUCUGUUACAGCUCAGUAACAGAUGAGUAACUAACAGAAAAACAAGGUCCUCAGACCUAAAUGUUGACAGAAUAAAUGUGUAAUGAGACAGCCAAUACGACUCUUCCAUUGUUUUAAUAGAUAUGUAUGUAGUUAGCAGGAGCCUAGUUAAUGCUCUGAGAUAUGAUUUUAUUUAUCAUAAAUGUUUCACCUGUAAGUGUUUGACAUGUGAUGGUGGCUUUAUCAUUGUGAACAGCCCUGUUGAUGCAAACCAAGGUUUCUGUUUCAGUGUAAUAUAGUUAGUGUUUUUUUUUAUUUUUUUUAAAGCAGCUGUUUCAGGUCUUAGCAGAAAUGUUUGUGCUUCAAGUUUGAAAACUGCUUCAUAUACAGUGUUUCUAUCAACUUGAAAGUAGCUGUUUGUUUCAUGUUUUCUUUUUUCUUUCUUUGUUUUGGAUAAAAUGUCUGCAUUACGUGUACAGAAAUGUGAAUUACAUACACAGCUUCACUACUGUAUAAAAACUGUACAACAGAACAGGAAAAUAAAAUAAAAGACAAAAAGGGAA